CUAAUUGGAUACUCCAUUGCUUAACAGGUUUCAGUCGAUGAAUGGUGUAAUAUGUGGGAUGCUUAUGCGAAGGAUCCUAGUACUGUGCUGGAAUGGCAGACCAAAUACAUGAAUUUCAUGUUUGAUCUGGAAGAUGCAUCCACUGAUGGCAGCAUUGAUGCACAAGAAUUUGCUUUAGUCUGUUCCAGUUAUGGUUUGGAGAAGAAAGAAUGUGAAGAGGCAUUCAAUAAAAUGUCACAAGGAAAAGCCGAAGUUACUCGUGAACAAUUUGCUGCACUCUGGAAGGAAUAUUUUUCAUCAGAGGAUGUCAAUGCUCCAGGAAACUUUAUUUUUGGCAAAACCUCAUUUUAACGAUCUUAACUUUUUGUUAUAAUUUAUUUUUUCGACUAAAUUUGACUAAAAAAAAUUUCUUAAGGAAUGAAAUUCAGGAAAAGCAAAGCGCCAAAGUCCUUUAGAUUACACAGCAUUACUCGGCAAUGUGUUUUAAUGAAAUUAAUUCAAUUAAUUUUUGAUAUAAAGAAUCAAAUUAAAAUAGAUUAGUUAAUAUAAAUUUAUUUAAAUUUUAAUAAAAUUUUCUCAAUUAAAUUUGUCUAUAAAACGAAUCUUUCAAGUACACUGAGAAAAAUAUGCAAUACUAAAACAAAAGAAAUGUAUUUUUUGUAGUUACUCCGUCGAUGAAUUUUAGAAUAUCAAUUAUUAAUAUUAAAAGUAUUUAAAAAUGAUAUAAAUAAAAUACUUAUAAUUUUCUUGAUGUUAAAAAUUAAAAUCAAAAUUGGAUAUUCCUCGGAUAUACCAGAAAAAACUUUAUCUCUAAAAUAGCAAAAACAAAGUGUAAUGUGUAUUUAUUAAAUGUUAAAAAUAAAAUAAUAUAUAGAAAUGUUUUAAAUCGAUUAUAAUGUUUGUGUGUAGAUAAAAUAUAAAUUUUAAUUAAAUUACCAAAAAAAAAAA